UACAGUUUCCUUCAAGAGACUGAGUCAGGGACAGACGUAGGAGAGAAAGAGAGGGAACUGGGAGCAGUGCAGUUCGGCAUCUAGACAUUUCAUUUCUGGACUUACUCAAGAAGAAUGACUCUUGAACCUACAAGCGUCCCAGACUUCAGCACCACAUCUUUGUAUGGAGACCAAAACCAGACCAAUGGCACACAAUGUCAUGAUCCGGACGACUGGGAGUGGCUCAUCACCAGUCAGCCGGUGUAUAUCCUGCUCAUCACCGUACUGGGAAUCGUGUUGAAUGUUUUUGUCCUGAUGGUAUUCUGUCUCCACAAGAAACCCUGCACCGUGGCUGAGAUCUACUUGAGUAACUUGGCUGUAGCUGACCUUGUCCUGCUGUCCUGUCUGCCCUUUUGGGCUGUCAAUGUAUCCAAUGAUUUCAAUUGGCCCUUUGGUCUGUUCCUCUGCAAAGUCGUCAACCUGGGCAUUAAGAUGAAUGUCUACUGUAGUAUCUAUUUCCUUGUUCUGGUGAGCAUAGAUCGCUAUGUGGCACUGGUACAUCCAAUGUCUCAUGGUAGAAUGCGCAGGCCCAAGUAUGCCAAACUGAGCUGUCUGCUGACCUGGGUUUUUGGCCUUAUCCUGAGUGUCCCCACACUCAUAUUCCGGGAUGUAAACUAUAUCCCUGAGCUUGAUGUCAAUGCAUGCUUUCUGGACUACCAAAACGACACUUUAGAGCUGCUUUGUGAUGGAUUGUUGGUCACUUUUAGCUUCAUCAUCCCAAUUUUGAUUAUCUCAUUCUGCACCGUCAAAAUUAUCCAGGCUUUGAAAGUCCAGGCAGUAGAGAGGUUCAGUGCUGAGAAAACAGAGCAGAGGGCCACCACUCUGAUACUGGCUGUCCUCCUGGCCUUCCUCGUCUGCUGGGUGCCAUUCCACCUGGUCACCAUGCUAGACGUGCUCCUUCGAGCUGAAGUCCUGAGAGGGUGUCACUUGACGAACUUCCUAGAAAUCUGCAACCAAAUUUCCACCUACCUCGCCUUUUUGAACAGUGUCCUCAACCCCAUUCUGUACGUCAUUGUGGGAAAGAACUUCCGGAAAAAAGUUCGGGAACUCUGCAGGCAGUGGAGCAUUAAGAGAAGAGCAACCACGGAGUCCACAAGCUCACACCUGUCCUCUACUCUAAAGACUUUGAAAUGAAAUAUUACAGCCAAACGCACUGCUCCUCUCAAACGUAACAUUUGCAGAAAGGUGACAGUGGAAGCCAUUCAUCGUCGUAUAAACAUUUUUUUAGGAAAUGUAACUGUGCUGGGUCGUAUGGGGCUGAAAUUUUCCCUCCUGCAAAAGAUGUUACAUAUUAGCUAACAGAGUGGCUUUCUGUCUUAACCAUGCAAAAUAUUUAUUCAAAUAAUGAGCAUGAGCUUGAAUUGUAGCCUACUUUCAAAACAGUUUGAUGUGCAACACAAGGGUUGCGCCCAUGUUACAAUCAUUGGCAAACAUGAAUAUCUUGAAUGUACAUGGCAUGUGAUUUAAAUCUGCCUGGUUCCUGUAAAUUAAUUUAUAUACAUUUCCAGAUUCUGUCUUGUAUUUCUGAUAACUGAGAUUGUAAAUAUUACCAGUGUUUUGCUUUCCUCUGAACAUAAGCAUCGGACAAAAUAAACACAUGGCUUCAUGCAUGUCUCA